AUGCGAACCCCUGAACCGCCCGACCGCGACGAACAUGAAGAUUCGCCACCGCGACUGACAAGACCGAAACGCACUACCCGACCACCGAACAGCUACGCUCGCGAGCAGGAAAUCGAUAUCGAACGGAGAAAGACGCGUUCCCAACAGAAGAAGACACCAACCGAGCAAGAAGAAUGUAUUUCGGCAACUUCGGGCGACUGUUCGGCCGAGGAUGAGAGCCUGAGCGUCGCCGGUAUCGUAAAGGAGCUGGUCAAACUCAGGAGAGAGAUCAAACAACGAGAUGAAUCGCACAAAGAAGAGCUUCGGAAGGUCAGAGAGGAGUUUAGUGCCGCCCUUGCAGAAGUUCGGCACGAGCUACAGACACUGACAGACACAUACGACACACCGCAACCCCACCUUGAGGCAUGCCCUCGAGACAACCAUGACGAGAUUCUUCGUGAGAUCCAGAGUCUACGCGAGGAGAUCAGCGUCCCUGCUCCCACGAGUUUCCCGUCCUACGCAGCGAUUGCCCGUGCUCCCCCGCUCAGCCACCCAAACAACAUACGGACUCCCCCAGCGGUGAACACAAGACCAACUGCUCUCACCGACACGCUGUACUGUACGAUAGACACCUCGAACAUGAUUGAAGAGAACAAUGAGAGAAUAUCCGCAGGUUUGAUUAGGACGACAAUCGAGACAAACAUCCGGGCAAUGGAAGAACACUCUCACUGGCGCUGUCGCGCGGUCACGGUGGAUCCAAGAAACACUAACCGAAUCCGAAUCGCCUGCCGCGAUGAAGACGAACAUCAGCUAGUGAAACAAGUGGCGGAAACAAAGAUCGGGGCAGGAGCCCGGGUGCUUCGGGACGAGCUGUACCCGGUCAAGAUCGGCAGCGUCAAGAGAGCGGCAGUACUGGAUGAGAACUACAAUGUUUUAGCAGGAGCGGCGGUAGCCCUCGGCGAAGAGAAUGAAACCACGGUCGCUAAGAUCUCAUGGCUCAGCAGCAAAGAGGCCGCGAAGCCUUAUGGAUCGAUGGUCGUGUACCUAACCAGAUCAACUGACGCGCGGAGACUCCUGGCGGAUGGAUACUUCCACGUCGGAGGAGAAUCUGGGACGACUGGCGUCUUUGAGUAUCGACCACGACCAAUGCAGUGUUAUAACUGCCAGGAGAUUGGCCACAAGGCUUUCCAGUGCAAGAAUGUCCAGAGACAGUUCCGAAGUGCGUUCCAUGCGGGGGCCCUCACGAAUCGUUCAGCAGAAACUGUCGGAAGCUCUAUCCGCCACGCAAUGAAUAAAACGCUCCGAGUGAUGCAACUGAAUGUGAGGAAACAGGGUGAGGUGCAUGAAAGCCUCAUGAACGACCAAGAUACCGCAAACGCAGUGGCACUAGCGAUCCAGGAGCCCCAGGCGAGGAGGAUUCAAGGCCGGCUCUUGACCACCCCGAUGGGGCACCACAAGUGGACCAAGAUGGUUCCCUCCACGUGGAGGGAAGGGAGAUGGGCGAUCCGAAGCAUGCUGUGGGUCAACAAGGAUGUGGAAGCGGAGCAAGUGCGGAUUAAUUCGCCGGACCUAACGGCGGCCGUCAUUCGGCUUCCCGAGCGACGGAUUUUUAUCGCAUCAGUGUAUGUAGAGGGAGGGGAUGCCUUUGCGUUGAUCGACGCAUGCGAUCACCUCCGAAAAGCAAUCGCAAAGGUACGGCGAGGCUCGGGGACGGUGGUAGAGAUCAUGAUCAUGGGGGACUUUAACCGCCAUGAUCAACUGUGGGGAGGAGACGAGGUGUCCUUGGUCAGACAAGGCGAAGCGGAUUCGAUCAUCGAUCUCAUGAAUGAGUUUGGACUCAGCAGCCUGCUUAAACGAGGCACCAAGACAUGGCACGGCGGAGGAUAUUCGGGGGACUGCGAGUCGACAAUCGACCUCGUUCUCGCCUCGGAAAACUUGACGGACUCGAUGACCAAAUGUGCGGUCCACGGAACGGGGCACGGUUCAGAUCAUGUUACCAUUGAGACUGUUUUUGAUGCGCCUUGGAUAGCUCCAACGCAGACAGACAGACUGCUGCUCAAGAAUGCACCGUGGAAAGAGAUCAAUGCCAGAAUCGCGAGCACGCUAACUGCCACUCCGGUGGAAGGUUCCGUGCAGCAGAAGACCGAUCGGCUGAUGUACGCGGUGUCGGAAGCGGUUCGUGCGUUGACGCCGAAGGCCAAACCAUCACCGCACGCAAAGCGGUGGUGGACGGCGGACCUGACACAACUUCGUCAGAUAUACACACAUUGGAGAAACCACGCCCGCUCGGAACGACGAGCAGGACGAAAGGUGCCACAGCUGGAGGACAUGGCUGCAAGCGCCGCAAAGCAAUACCACGACGCGAUUCGGAAACAAAAGAAGAAACACUGGAACGAGUUUCUGGCUGACAACGACAAUAUCUGGAAAGCUGCCAAGUAUCUGAAAUCAGGGGAAGACGCAGCCUUCGGAAAGGUGCCGCAGCUCGUCAGAGCAGAUGGAACGGUCACCACCGAUCAUGGGGAGCAGGCGGAAGAACUACUGACUAAAUUCUUCCCACCGCUGCCGGACAGCAUUGGCGACGAGGGAACUAGACCACAAAGAGCACCGGUGGAGAUGCCGACCAUUACCAUGGAAGAGGUGGAGCGGCAGUUGCUGGCAACGAAGUCAUGGAAGGCGCCAGGUGAGGAUGGCCUACCGGCCAUAGUGUGGAAGAUGACCUGGCCCACGGUCAAACACCGGGUCCUCGAUCUUUUCCAGGCGUCAUUGGAAGAAAGCACGCUGCCGAAACAGUGGCGACACGCCAAGAUCAUCCCGCUGAGAAAACCGAACAAGGAAGACUACACCAUUGCCAAGGCAUGGCGGCCGAUCUCACUGCUCGCCACAUUAGGCAAGAUCCUGGAAUCGGUGGUGGCAGAGAGGAUCUCCCACGCGGUAGAGACCCACGGCCUGCUCCCGACCAGCCACUUCGGAGCCCGAAAGCAGCGGUCCGCGGAGCAAGCACUCCUAAUCCUACAGGAGCAAAUCUACGCAGCGUGGCGAGGAAGACGGGUGCUGAGCCUGAUCAGCUUCGAUGUCAAGGGGGCCUACAAGGGGGUCUGUAAGGAACGAUUGAUCCAGAGGAUGAAGGCGCGAGGUAUACCGGAAGUUCUGCUUCGGUGGGUUGAGGCGUUCUGCUCGGGACGAACGGCGACCAUCCAGAUCAAUGGGCAAAUAUCUGAGAUCCAGAACCUACCACAAGCUGGACUACCUCAGGGCUCGCCCCUGUCUCCGAUUCUAUUCCUCUUCUUUAACGCCGACCUCGUGCAGAGACCGAUCGACGGCCAAGGAGGAGCAAUUGCCUUCGUGGAUGACUUUACCGCGUGGGUAACAGGGCCAACCGUACAGAAUAAUCGGGAAGGUAUUGCAACAAUCAUCAAUGACGCGCUCGAUUGGGAAAAGAGGAGCGGCGCAACCUUUGAAGCAGACAAAACAGCCAUUAUACAUUUCGCACCCAAGGCUCGCAAAGUCGACCAAGAACCGUUCACUGUCAAGGGACAGACGGUUGAGCCUAAAAACAAGGUCAAAAUCCUGGGGGUCCUGAUGGACACGCGACUGAAGUACAGAGAGCAUAUCGCAAGGGCAGCAUCUAAGGGCCUGGGGGCCGCGAUGGAGCUUCGACGGCUCCGAGGCCUCUCCCCAGCCACAGCACGGCAGCUCUUCACAGCGACCGUGGCUCCGGUAGUGGACUACGCUUCUAAUGUCUGGAUGCACGCAUUCAAGAACAAGAACAUCGGACCGAUCAACCGAGUGCAAAGGCGGAGAGCCGAGGCCCACAUUGCCACGGCACGACACCGAUUCUGGAGACGAGCCGUGAAGAUGUGGGCAGACAUCCACACACUACCAGAGACCAAUCCUCUUCGCAGAAACACAGAUCGGAUCCGGAAGUUCAGGAGAUACCACCGCUCACCACUAUAUCGAGUAGCGGACGCGCUGAAAAACAUCGACAUAGAAUCACUGGAAACCAUCAACCCGUUUACACUGGCACCAUGGGAAGCACGCGUGCAGACUGAUGAGCCCAUCUCAGAGGGGUCAACUGUACCAGGCGGAUCAAUGCAGAUCGCGUUCAGCAGCUCGGCGCGGAAUGAGCUGGUUGGGUUUGGUGUGGCGAUCGAGAAACAACCACCACGCUAUCGGAAAGUGAGACUGAAGACUUUGUCCGUCACGUUGAGUGUGAGAACAGAGCAAAAUCCAUUUUCCGCGGAGCUGGCGGCAAUGGCGCAUAGACUCAAGACACUCGUGGGAUUGAAAGACUUUAGGAUCACGUUGAUCACGAGCAACAAAGGGGCAGCUCUCACGCUGAAGAAUCCGCGACAACAGUCGGGCCAGGAAUUUGUCUGUCAAAUCUACAAGCUGAUGAGAAGACUGCAGAAGCAUGGAAAUCAGAUCAGCGUCCGGUGGAUCCCCACUAGCGAAGAUAACAAACUACUAGGGCUGGCGAAAGAGCAGGCGAGAGCCGCGACGAAAGAAGAUACCAUCCUGCAAGGACAGGUCCCCAAAAUGAAAUCGACGACUCUGAAGAUCGCGCGUACCCAAGCAAUCCCCAGCAGUAAGCUACCCGAGAGCAUCGGGAAACAUUCGAGACGAGUGGAUAAAGCCCUCCCAGGAAAACACACGCGACUGCUGUAUGACCGAUUAUCGUGGAAAGAAGCAAGCGUGCUGGCCCAGCUCCGCACGGGGAUGGCAAGACUCACUGGAUAUCUCUUUCGAAUCAAUGCCGCCGAGACAGAUCAAUGUGCAUGUGGACAAGCAAGAGAGACGGUGGACCACUUUCUCCUUCGAUGUCGGAAGUGGACCGCGCACCGGACGGAAAUGCUGCAAUGUACCCAUACUCACCGAAGUAACAUGUCCUUCUUCUUGGGAGGGAAGUCACCCUCCGAUGAUCAAAAGUGGAAGCCGAAUUUGGAAGCAGUGCGAGCCAAAAUACGUUUGCAAUCGCCACGGGCAGACUCGACGCCGCUUAACCGUGUCGACCAACCAAGAUUAAUCUUACCCCACCAACUAUCUUGUGCUAGAGACGGUAGACGUGCUUCAAUUGCCGAGAAUAGGAUGUUGAACACUUGGAGAAACGCCUUCAAGCAUGACUACUAA